GGAAAAUUGAAACACUCUAAGAAGGCCUAGGGUAGUAACAAAGAAAGAGAAAAACCUAGAAAAUCAUAGCCUAGACGAUCAUUGCCCAGAAGUGCUCCGCGAUUGUAACAUCUGCUAAGUCGGCCGGCUCUUUCGUGUUCUGGUCAGGUUUUUGCCCCAACUCGUCGAUAUAACAUAUCGUGCUCCGCUUCAAGCGUGAUGCAACUUCUGUUUCAAAAAUGUUUCUGUUCCAGGCAAAACAAUUUUUGUCUCGCAGUUGAUCUUGUUUGGGCUACCGAAUCUAUUAUGUAAUCAAACUAUGUUCAAUUGUGCAUCGUGUGAUAUAAUCGUGUCCUCUCCUCAGCAAUUUCCUCUGGUCAAUUUAUAUUUGAUCAGAGUACUUGAUUGUAGAUCAAAGUUUCGUUCCUGUGAACGGGAGACGCUGAUGUUGGUUACUGUUUAAAGGUUAACCAUAUUGUGCCCUGGUUUUCAAGGCAAUACAGAAUUCUUCGAGAAGAUUGUAACUUUGCUUUGUCACCAAAGGUAUUUAUUAUUGUUGAUUCAGGAACAAUGGGUGAUAUUCCUAUUGGAGACGCCACAAAGGGGGCAAAGAUCUUCAAGACUAAAUGUGCACAGUGUCACACAGUAGAGGCAGUAAGUUCACAGUGCUCAAUUUUAUCCUGUUUAAGUUUUCAGAGUAUACAAUGUACUUUGUAGCAGUGCAAUAUUACACCAUCACUGACCCCAAGUACCAGCAGUUUCUUCUGUGAAUCUGUUUGAUAGGUUUUGAAAAGUCUUGACACAUUUUUAAUGCUUUCAUAGCUGCAGAUCACUCCUAGCACCCAAAUACCCAAAGUAUUUGCCUAAAUGGACCUUUCUUUUUUCUGUUCAGAAUGGUAAGCAUAAGACGGGUCCGAACCUUCAUGGCUUGUUUGGUCGCAAAACUGGACAGGCACCAGGUUUCUCUUACACUGAUGCUAACAAGAACAAGGGCAUCACAUGGGGCCCAGACACUCUGUGGAUUUACCUGGAAAACCCCAAGAAGUACAUUCCUGGUAGGUGUUUAGAUAUAGGCAUGAUGCAUGUACUGGAAAUUUCAUGGAAUAAAUUAUGUAUGAACCUGUCAAUGGGAUAGCAGUUGACCCCAAAUGGAACACUGUGUAAUCUUGAGUUAUUAGAGUAAUGCUGGAAGCUUUUCACAAUUAACUUGUUUUGAAGACUUUAGGCCUCUUUUUUUAAUUUUUCUUUUCUAUUACAUGCUAUUCUUCUUAUUCUGUAAGGUUAAUUUCAAAUGUCCCACUUUUAUUGCUGGAAACUAAAGUAAAAAAAUUAUUUGGAGUAUGUAAUAUUAGCAUUAUAUUUGAAACCCUAUAAUGGGGCUUUUAGAAUUCAUUUCAGCACAGUAAAGUUAAGACUAGGUUUUCAAGUGUUAAAUUAAUACAAAUUUUCUUCUAAAGGAACAAAGAUGGUCUUUGCUGGUCUAAAGAAAAAAUCUGAGAGAGCAGGUUGGUGAAAUAUUUUCCCUGAGAAGUCCAUUCUAACCACAUAAAGCUUUCUUUAUAUUGUAGAAGUUUAUUUGGAAGUUUUAAAGUGCUAAAUUGUGAGAUUAUGAAGCAUGUCAAGUUAUACAGUUUCUAUAGUACAACAGAAGAAUGAGUAGAGAAGGAGAAGGAACAUGUAACCAGAAAGCAAGGCUUUUUGCUCUCAAAGGAGAAUUUCUUGUUUACUUUGAACUCCAUCUAAGUUUGAACUGUGUGUUAAAAUAUGAUUGUGAGCAAAACAUUCUGUUUGUUUUAGAUCUCAUUGCCUACCUGAAGGAGGCCACAAGCUGA